AUGGUCGUUCUCAAGUCCGAGGCCGUGCUGAUGGCAGAGUUGGGCGACUUGGAUGAAGUAAUUCGACUAUACCGCUCGUGUUUGUUGCCGACAAAUGAGGACCAUGAUGGGCUCUUGGUGGAGCUCGCCGGUCUGCUGUUGCGAAUUGGAGCCCUCCCUGAAGCAGAGGAUGUUCUCGCGGAAAUCCGAUCGGCCGAAGCAGCAGCUCGUGUGAAGGCGUUGAUAGCGCUCGCUGAAGAGGAGUAG